ACAAAUCCUUUGGAGAGGUUUUACUUUACUCUCCAAAGAAUUCCCCCAAAUCAAUUUUCCGAUGUGUUUCCGCUGAAUCUGGACCGUCGAAUUCCACAGCACCACCACCACCACAUUUUCCCUCUUCUACAGAUCCGUUCACAAUUCCCCUCAAUCCAACCCCAACAAUUCGUCGAUCGAUUGAAAUCAAUUUCGAAUGUCGGCGAUGAAAUCCAGCGGGCGAUUGUUCACGAUCGGGCUGGUGGCGUCGUGGUAUUCAUCGAACAUUGGGGUAUUGCUGCUGAACAAGUAUCUGCUGAGCAAUUACGGGUUCAAGUACCCGAUUUUCCUGACGAUGUGCCAUAUGAUGGCCUGCUCUCUGCUCAGCUACAUCGCAAUCGCUUGGUUGAAGAUGGUCCCGAUGCAGACCAUAAGAUCUAGGGUUCAGUUCAUGAAGAUUUCCGCACUCAGCUUGAUCUUCUGCGCUUCCGUUGUCAGCGGCAAUAUUUCACUGAAGUACUUGCCUGUCAGCUUUAAUCAGGCGAUUGGCGCCACCACACCUUUCUUCACUGCUGUUUUUGCUUAUUUCAUGACCUUGAAGAAAGAGGCUUGGCUUACUUACAUGACUCUCAUACCCGUUGUUACCGGCGUUAUCAUUGCUAGUGGGGGUGAGCCCAGUUUCCAUUUGUUUGGAUUUCUCAUGUGUAUCGGCGCAACUGCUGCUAGGGCACUCAAAUCUGUCCUUCAGGGUAUUUUGCUUUCUUCCGAAGGGGAGAAACUGAAUUCAAUGAAUCUGCUGCUAUACAUGGCUCCUAUUGCUGUAGUUGUCCUACUUCCAGCGACACUCUUUAUGGAAGAAAAUGUCGUCGGUAUCACUUUGGCCUUAGCAAGAGAAGAUAUCAGAAUUAUCUGGUUACUGCUUUUCAAUUCCGCCCUUGCGUAUUUCGUUAAUUUGACCAACUUCUUGGUCACCAAGCACACCAGUGCUUUAACUCUUCAGGUGCUUGGAAAUGCAAAAGGGGCAGUAGCAGUAGUAAUAUCAAUAUUGAUAUUUAGGAACCCCGUUUCUGUGACUGGAAUGCUCGGUUAUACUCUCACCGUAUUCGGUGUAAUCCUCUACAGUGAAGCCAAGAAACGCACUACUUCUAAAUAAUCAAAUCCAACCACUCAACAUCAUCAUCAUCAUCAUCAUCUGUGUAUUUGAUAUAUUCUAUUUUCGGCCCAGAAGCAAAGCGAAGCGGCCUACAGAGGCUUUUGAACCAAUAUUAGCUGAGUCACCACAAGUUCUAUUAACUUUUUUUAGUUUGGAGUCACCAAAGAAACAUCUUUUUUACCAUUAUAUUAUAUAUAUAUAUAUAUUCUUUCAGCAAGGCUCAAUCUGCCCUAUACUUCAUCUUGUUACCAUAUAUGCUUUUCUUUUCUUUUUUAAUUUUUAAAUGAUUAGUGAAUUUUUUUUCACAAUUCUAUCAAUUUGUAGCUAUCUUUGAUUAGUGGUUAAAUGGUAUAUGGUUUUCUCCUUAACAUAUUGGUUAUGUUCAAAUUGUCUGUGCCCAUUGGCAUCUGCACUACUCUUUACAUAUUUGAUUUGUUUUUUCUUC